AUGUCCAAAGCUUUGAAGGCUUUUGGUAUUUCUUUCGUCGAGAGCUUCCAAAAGCUGUACAAAGAGCAUACGCCUGGGGCGCGUAUCUUCCCCCCUAAGACGGACAAAAAUGACAAAAAUGCCCAACUUCAUGUUGAUGCUGGGGAGGUAAUUAAUGGCCGCAAAUAUGUCUAUCUCCAGGUGAACACGCAAGCAACAAACGAAGCUCUUAGGAAGUGGGUGAAGAAAAACGGAACACAUGCAAGGCUUGCGACUGCUUCCUUUGACGUCAACACUAAGGACGAAAAUAAAAAGGAUGUCUGCGAAGAAAUUUGGUCUACAUUCCACCAGCAGGCCAUCAGAGAGCCCCCAGGAUGUUAUAUAGCCAUUUGGGCGGUGCCUCGUUGA